AUGCAGGGUUCUCAAUCCUCUGAUGACCUGCUCUCCGACGCCACCUCCAAAGACCACCCUUCCGUUCGCACCAAGUCGACCAAGAAACGAAAGCUAGCAGAUCCGACAUAUGUUCCUGUCAAGGCGGAAUACAGUUCGGACGACGAUGAUCAUGAAGUUCCUUUCGGCCUUCAAACACCAAAGCGAACUCCCCAGAAGAGGCAAGCCCGCUCGGACUUCGAUGGCAAUCCGCGACCCAAGAAGAAGCCGUCUCACCAUACUCCAAAUUCCAGCAAGAAGGCAGUCCUGGUGACGCCCUCUUCCUACAAGGGCCCCAGUGGCAUAUCGAGCACUUUACAGACGACCUUCAACCCUUUGGAGGUGCUCCCAGGUCCGGCAUUCUAUCCACCGCAGCUCGAUGAUAAGUUUUCAGUGAAGAACACGCGUCAUGCUUCGUUAGAAUCUGCAAAUGAGUCCUACUCGCCUUUAUCCAGUCCUAGUGAUAGCGGUGCCACGACUGAGAAUGGCUCGCUCAGUCCCCAAGACCUGGUCAACUCAAAGAGAAGAAAGAGUGAACAUGAUAUGCACGCCUUCGUACCAGACCACAGCGAUGAGGACAAUGAUGACAGCCCUACAUUCCGCGUCUCGAAGAACGAGAAAACAACCCUUGUGUUCGACUUCUCUUUGGAGAAAGCUAAACGAUGGGCCGAGGCAAUCAACCUUCCCCAGGGAUUCUAUAAUCCGGAGGAGAGCGAUCUCUUCUUUCGACUGGCUAUGCGAGGAUUCGAGCCUCUCGUUCCUCGACACUGGAAGCACGAUUUUCCCACACUCCCUGAACUGCUGUUUCCUCCACCUGGAGACGAAUCUGGACCGCUUAUCCGGGCAUUUGGCAAGUCCGACUUCUUCGGAGUCAAAUCAUUGACCCAUUUAUUCUCCCUUGGCGGACGGGUGAGAGACUGCAAUGUUACAAGAAUAAAGCCAGAACCCCUGAUCAAGCGCUGCGUGGUGAAGUACAUCCGCUGGGCUUUCCGGGAUGCAAAGAUACAUAUCGCGAGGCACUCCAUUCUUGUUCAUGCUAUCUAUGACCAGAAGAAAGGGGAAUCUACCCUUUCUGCAGUUAAGAAUCUCAAUCAACGCUUACAACGCCUAGCCAGUCGGUAUCGCAGAAGCCUCAACUCGGCAUCUGCAGGUGCCCCGCCCAGUCCUCAGACCAGUGAGGGCAGCGGAAGUGCCAGCGGUAUCUCAGAGUCCCAUCCAAAGUACCCGCUUCUUACUGGCUUCGUGAUUUGCGGGCCAAUCAUUACUAUCUUGAGCCUGAGUACGGAUCCCAGCAGCGCGGCUCAAGGUAGUGAUAGCAAAUUCAUUUCACAGUUUGAUCUGAGUGAAAGAGGUCAGGAUGUGUGGAAUUCGCUUGCCAUCGCAAUCACCGUCAUGCAUAUCCGCAGAACUAUGAUGCAGCUUGCAGAGGAGAGUCUGGGGGGAUUUAGUCAUGUUCAGAGAGAUGCUUCCCCUACCUCAGACGCUGAUAUUUGA